AUAAAGAUGUUUGGCAUUACCAAGGCUGAAUUAGUGCUAAUAAAAUGCUAUCUCCUAAUGUUUAUGGUUACUUGGGCAGGACAAAUGCUAGAUAAUGAAAAAUAAUUCAGGACGUCAAAAAAGGGUCUCAAAAUCAGGACAUGUCCUGCUAAAUCAGGACGGAUGGUAUCCCUACCUAAAAGCAAACCGAAUCAAAACAAAAGUGCUGAAGUGUAUUUUUGUCGGUUUUCUGCUAAUAUUGCACUAUGCAAUUGCGAGAAACAGAAAUGUGCAUAAAAUGAUGAUAUUAACGUAAAAAUAAAUACACAGUAGAAGCAAUUAUGUCGAAGCAAAAGUGGAAGAACUCUAAACAAUACUGUGCCAAACCGGAAUGCGAUCCGUACGAUUUGUGGUACCAGCAGUCUAACGUAUUCUCCGAUUACAUGAAUGAUGCUCCUUGUCAAAUCCCGAAAGUAGAAGCACACCUUGCAGAUCCUAUUGAACUGGUGGAAACAAUUGAUAGCAUCGAUCUACCGGCGCAUCGUUUGACGGGAAAAGUUCGCAACCAUUACCUAAAUUAUCUCGAAAAUUUACUAGCACGUAAUUACAAAACAUGGUCUGAUACUAUAGACUCACUUGAUAAUGUGAUGUUCACAUCUUCUGAGAUUAAGCGCUGUGCAGAAAGUAUUGAAUUGAAAGCGGUUAAGUCUUGCAUGAUUGUAUCACUUUAUCGCAGCUACAUACUCAACAUUAUAACACAAAUUCGCAAAGAAACGAAUGAGCUCAACUUACACUCCCAUCUAAUUAACAUGAAAUUUACACCAAAGUUUGUUAAAAAAGAAUUAUGUAGUGUAGCAGUUCAGACAGAACCAAGCGUCUCAGGCCCUUGCCAUUUGGAAUCCUCCAUUAUGGAAGUGAACGGCGAAGUUCCUCUUUAUGAUACAUCUCUUGAUGAAAAAAUACGACAUUUCAAGAAAAAACUACAUUUCAAUGAACCGAACACACUUUCAUGCAAAAAACGGCGUAAAGACCAAAGAAAGAAAAUUAAUAAAGAUGAUCGGCGUUUAGCAGCAACAGAUAGAAUAGACAAGCGCAAAUCCAAACUUUCGGCUACACGUGAAAAUUCAAACCAGUUAUACGAAGAUGUUCAACCUGUAACUUCUAAUAUUUGCAGCGCAGAACCAAUUUUGGAUAGAAAUGACAGUAAUGAUGAUCAAAUUAUGCGUGAACUUGAAGCAAUGUUUGAAAUGGAGGAUAAUGGAAACAUCUUUGAUUCUUGUGAAAACCAAGUUCAAAUUAAAGCAAUUAUUAAUGAAAUCGAGCAGUUUGAUCCGCCCAAUUUAGAUAAAAAGGAUGGAAUGUUAGCUUCUCGUGAUGAUCAUCUUCCUUCUCCAAGAUUAAAGCAAUCUCUUAACGAUAAACACAGUUUUACUGUCCCAAAAAAGGUGCUUGAAAAUACUGAAGCACACGUAGAGGAUCUUAAAAAAAGCUUGUGGCUAUGCGAGUUACACAUGCAAAAAAUGAGAUUACGUGAUUUACUGAGUAAUAUCGCGGAUAACAAUUAUUUUCGUUAUGAAAGGAUUCAAGCAAGGUUUAUUGUACUGUUUGGUGAUUUUGAACACGAAGAAGAUGAACUUGGACCUUACAGUCCAUCAAUCGAGCUAAACGAUGUGCUAGUAGCUAGCUGCAGACAGAGAAUUGCUAAAUGGGUAGUGCAAGCUUUAAUGAAACCAUUAAAUGACGGCCUCAUUGGUAAUAGGUUCCUUUUUAAGAAGUUGGCAAAGCACAUCGCCGACGGUAUAAUCUUUCAAAACCAAUAUCCUGAUCAACAGUUCAUCAAAAAUUACGUGCUGGAUUACUUUUGUGCUCAUCGUGCCGUGUUAUCCAUUGAAGAUAUGAUAUAGUACAACUGAGUUAAUAAAAUAAAAUGUUUGAUUUCCUUUCAGAUUGUUUUUUCCAAAUUGCUGUAAUUGAUAGAACUUUCAAAUAAAAAAAUAAGAGUAAUUCAAUAAAGUAAUUGUAUUAAAAUCA